GAGCAGCCUAGGAUUCGCCACGGAACUGCCAUCCUCGAGAUAGUCACCACUGCUGCCCUACAUCGUGAUGCACUCCAGGGAGAGGUGGCCUUAUGAUGGAUUCUAAGUACCACGUCGUCUGCGCUCCCACGCGCUUCACGGCGACCAGCACACCAGGUCCGCGUGGCUCAGGCUGGUGGCGAAAAAUAUAUAGUUUUACCGCGCGGCUUAUCCGCUUUAAAUGGUCCCAGCAGUCAGGAGAGAGCAACUAUUUGCUUCGCAGUAAGAAGGUUUCCCCUCCGCCAUCACCUGUCUCCGGAAAGCCUUCCACUAAGUCCUCUCGGACUUCCCCAACCGGGCUGCGCCGCUUCUCCCGCCUUGCCAUCCUCGCAGUCGCGUUUCUCCUCGCCCUGUUUGCAGUCGUCGAUCUGACCAGAUUAGCCCUAACAGACGGUCCAGAUGAGGAGGAAGGUUUCGACUCCUCGCACGCCGCCAGCCGAUGGAACCCCCAAAUCAAGUCCCGGUGCUCGAGGCGCUGCUUGCACCGCGGAACGUGCAACGAGGAGCUCGGUCGCUGCGACUGCCCUGCGGGUCUCACGGGCGACUCGUGCGACGCCGACGCCUUCCCCUCGUGCCAGCUUGCGCCAGGCUUCCGCACGCCGUGCGCGCUCCCCUCCACCUGCGCGUGCGCGCGCGAGUGCCGCGCGUUUCACCUCAUCGGCCCCGGCGCGGUGUGCUUCAACGCCUCCUCAAAUGCCUCCGCCAUUCCCCCACGCUCGCUGGCGGACAUCUUUCGCGCGGAGGUCAUAACGGUCGGCGCCGCGGAAGGGGGGAAUGAGGCGGACCUGGGGAUGGCAGAAGGGGAAGUGCAGACUGGCGCGGGGAACGGAGCGGUUGCGUCCGCGGCAGUGGCUGGGGGAGCUUCGGGCGGUACACGUAGGCCAAUCAGGGCGCACAGCAACGAUCUGCCCGCGCUGCGCAAAAGCUCGCGGAGAUGGGAAGGGGCGCGCAAUGUGCGCUGGAAAGGGGUGGGCGGAAGGGACAUGCCGACUGGGGGCGCGCGGAACGAUUUGGGAAACGCAGAGGGCGCAGGAGCGGUUGCUUUAGGGGGGAGAGCGCAGGCAGCCCGCGGGCGGAUGGCGGGCGGAGCGCAGAUGCAGAUGUGGGCGUGGUACACGUGGCAAUUGCGGGAGCGAUACGCGGACCCCCGGGAAUGCCCCCUGGGGUGCUCUGGGCGAGGGCUGUGCCGUGACGCCAGCAAGACAUGCGAGUGCGCGUGGCGCUAUGCGGGCCCGGGGUGCGAGGAGGAGCGGCCGGGGGGCAUGCAGUGUGUGAACGCGUGCAGCGGGCGCGGCACGUGCGAGGGAGGCACGUGCGCCUGCCAGGCUGGCAGCUUCGGUAUCGACUGCUCGCUGUCCUUGGACCCCAUCACGAGAAAGCCAAGCAUUCUCUCCAACCCCACCUUCAGAUGGCCGCCCCAGUCCCCGCCCUUCCGGGCGGCGCCACAAGGCAAGGAGCCCCGCCCGCGGGUGUACGUGUAUGAUCUCCCCCCGGAGCUGAACACGUGGCAGUGGGAGCAGUCGGGCGCACUGGACCGGCCCGAGGGGCUGCUGUUCCUGGAGAGGCUGCUGGCGGACGGGCGCAGGACGGUGGAUGGGGAGCAGGCGGACUACUUCUACGUGCCGCUGAUCACCAGGAAUCGCGGCCAAUCCGGCAUGGGAGGCAUGGGAGGCAUGGGAGGCAUGGGCAUGAGCGGUGGCAUGGCGAUGGCGGGGUGGGACGCCAUCGAAGCAGCAGUGGCGUAUGUCAGCCGCCACUGGCCCUUCUGGAACAGGACAAACGGCGCCGACCACGUCUUCCUGCUCAACGGCGACUGGGGGGCGUCGCAGCAGCAGCAGCAGCAGCAGCAGCAGCAGCAAGGAGGAGGGAGGUGUUUCAUUCCCGGUCAGGACGUGGUGAUCCCCCCACUGCUGCCCCCCUCCGCGGUGCUCGCCUCGCCCUUCGUCCGAGAGCCCCUCGAGGGCACCCCCGACCGCCCCACGCUGCUGCUCUUCGCCACCAGGGGAGACGGGCAGGGCGGGGAAGGGGAGGAGGCGGGCGAGGAGGAGGGCGGGGAGUGGAGGGAGGAGCGGGAGGUGACAGAGGCAAUGCUGCGCUCGCAGUUCUGCCUCGCUCCCACGCCCGCCACCGGCUACAGUGACACAGUGGUGCGGGCGGUCCUUCUCGGCUGCAUCCCUGUCAUCAUCCAGCCCGACACCGAGCAGCCCUUCGCAGGUACCGGGUCUCUUCCCGAUGCCAACAUCAUCGACUGGCCGUCCCUGGCGCUCGUCCUGCCCCCCCAGCAGCUGCCAGAGCUCCCCGAGAUCCUGCGUGCGGUGGGCCCUCAGGAGGUUGCUCGCCGCCGCACCGCCAUGAAGGCCGCCUGGCCCCGGCUGCUCUGGGCCUCGCCGCAAUACAACCCGCUCUCUCCCUCCGCUCCCUCCUCCUCGUAUUCCUCCUCUGCCUCCUCCUCGGCCUCCUCGCCCUCCAGCCUGCUGUAUCUGCAGAAGAAGCUUCGCCCCCUGCUCGCCUCCUCAGACGCCUUUUCUUCCAUCAUGGCUGCCCUCGGGCAGCGAGUCCGGGCAGUUGAAAGCUUCAGUGGGCAGGGCGUGGUGACGCUAUCUGCAGCAGGGGGUCAGGCGGCACCUGGUGAGGGGGGCAUGUCUGCCUUUCCCCGCGCCAGCAAGAUGGCGGGAGGAUAUCAAGAAGGGAGGAAAGAGGGGGGAGGGGAGGGCGGGGAGGGUAGUGUGCGUGGUGAUGGUGCAUCGAGUCAGCUGCAUUUCCUGCCAUCACUGCCAUCACUGCCAUCGUCUCAAUCUCUCUCCCACAAUUCGGCACCUCCCCUCCACCCCUCCGUCUCCUCCUCACUCCCCACAUCCCUCUCCUCCUCCUCGCCUCCCUCCAACUGCUCCUCCCUCUGCUUCCUCCGUGGCACUUGCAACGAGGCCACUGCCACGUGUCACUGCGUCCCUGGAUUCACGGGCAAGCACUGCCACGUGUUGGCCAUGCCCAGCUGCCAGCUGGCGCCGGACGUGUGGACGCCGUGCCACGUGGCGACAUCCUGUGCAUGCGUGCGGGAGUGCGAUCGGUACCGCCUGGAGCACCUGCCUCAGUGCUUCGAUGAGAGUGGGGCGCUCGUUGGGGCGAAUGAUACCGCUGCUGCCGCUGCUGCUGCUACUCGCGCUGCUGGUGCUGCUGGUUCUGGGGUUGGCCGUGGCACUGUAUCCAAUUCCUCCUCCAUUUUCACUGCUGGUGGGGUGAAAGAUGCUCUGAUUGGCUGGAUCAAGGGCAUCAACAGGACAGCUGCCCGUGAUACAGACAAGACUUCCGGGCAGGCAGGGGCGACAGAGGAGGAGGAGGGAGGGGAAGAAGGGGACGAGGCGGAGAAGGUGAAGGAAGGGGAGGUGUGGAGUGAGUUCCCGGGACGGCGUGGGGCGUGGGUGGAUGUGGGGCGGCUGUACGAGCAGCGGCAGAUGGCGCCCGUGCUGGACGGGCGCGGCAACGAGAGUGGGAGCAGAGGAGCAAGGGGGGAGUGUGUAGAGGGAGUGUGCAAGUGUGAGCGGGGCAUGUUCGGCAUUGACUGUGCUCUGAGCCUUGACCCCCACGGCGCCACCAGAGUUAAGCGCAGGAGACCCUUCCUCUGGACCGAUGCCGUCCCCCCACCCUCCCCUGCUCUGAUCUCAGCUGCCCGGCCAAAAAUAUUUGUGUACGAGCUGCCCGGGUACUUGAACACGUGGCAGGGCGUGCUGGGGGCAGGGAGGGACCGGUGGGAGGGGUAUGUGUUUCUGGAUGCCCUGCUGACGUCAGCAUGGCGGACUGCUGACCCUGAGGAGGCUGACCUGUUUUACGUGCCUCUACUGCUGCGCCACCGCGGCGCAGCGAAGCAGAGCGUGCUGUCGUGGGCAAUAGAGCACAUGAGGGACGCGUGGCCCUACUGGGACCGCCACGCUGGCGCCGACCACGUGUUCCUCGCCAAUGAUGACUGGGCGGCGUGCGAGAUCGGCGAGGCCGGGCGGCGCGACCCCAUGCUGGCACGCAGCACAGUGCUGUCGCUGUGGGGGUACCGUGGGAACAUGCCGCUGGAUCCCUCCCUGCCCGGCUGCUUCAUUCCCGGGCAGGAUGUUGUCAUCCCGCCCGUUCUGCUGCCUGAGGUGUACGAGGCAGCCAAUGGUGUUCAAGGGGAAGCUGGGGAGGCUGGAUCCCGGGAUAUUCUGUUCUUCUUUAGGGGGUUUGACGGGCGGGACGUGGAGCCAGUGCUGGGGUUCAGCUACUCGUCCGGAGUGCGGCAGGCCCUCUUUGACUGGUUUGACUCGCUUGAAUCCGCUGCUGCCGUGCCCAAGGGGUUCGUCAUCGAACGCACUCAGGGGGAGGGGGGAUACGGGGAGGGCCAAGGAGGAGAGGGAGGGGAGAUGGGAGGAGGGGGGAGUUACUUGGAGUGCAUGGCACGGUCGGUGUUCUGCCUGGUGGCAGGGGGGUGGGGGGCUGAUGAGAGGGCCACUCAGGCUGUGACCCUCGGAUGCAUCCCAGUAAUUAUACAGCCGAAUGUGAGCAUGCCAUUUGAGGGCGACGGCUUCUUGGAUUGGGACGACUUCGCAGUGAGGCUCACUCCUUCAGACAUCCCUCACCUUCACGACAUCCUCACCAGCAUCCCUCCACAAGAGCUCGCCCUCAAGCAAGCCGCACUGCGUCGGGUGUGGGUGCACUUUGCAUGGGCUAGUUCACAGUACAACCCCUUCUCCAGAGUCCUUGACAAGGAGCAAGGUCAACUAGCGCGGGACGUUGCCUCCUCGGGGGCGUUCCGGAGUGUCAUGAGGGCAUUGGCACAAAGAAAGCAGUCAGCCAGAUUAAGAUACUUGAAUUCUUAAGCAAUUAAUUAUGUUCACCGUA